UCAGGUGUCUGCACCCCGGCAGGAGGGCUUGUCACAGGCGCCCUGGUCCUGCUCUCGCUGGCGUUCCUCACCUCGCUCUUCUGCUACAUCCCCAAAGCGGCGCUGGCCGCCGUCAUCAUCUCGGCUGUGGUCCCCAUGUUUGAUGCUGGCAUCUUCAGGACGCUCUGGAGGGUUAAGAGGCUGGACCUCGUGCCCCUCUGUGUGACGUUCCUGCUCUGCUUCUGGGAGAUCCAGUACGGCAUUGUGGCCAGGGUGCUGGUCUCAGGGAUUCUCCUCCUCUACUCCAUUGCCAGGCCCCCAGUAAAGGUGUCAGAGGGGGACGUGCUCCUCGUGCAGCCGGGGAGCACCCUGCACUUCCCAGCCACCGAGUGCCUCCGGGACGCCGUGUGCACCCACGCUCUGGCAGCAUCUCCACCACACUCCAUCAUCCUGGACUGUUGCCACGUCAGCAGCAUCGAUUACACGGUGGUGGUGGGGCUGGCAGAGCUGCUGCAGGAUCAUCUCAAAGAGGGGGAGGCGCUCCCCCAGCCCAGCUUUCUCUACUCUCAGGACCCUGUUCUCCAAGUCCUGCUGUCCGCAGAUUUACCAGGAUUCCAGCACUUCCCCAGCCUGGAGGAGGCAGAGCGUUGUGCAGGAGCAGAGCCUGGGGGCGGCGGGGCAGCCCCCUUCACCAGCGAGAGCUCCCUGCUCUCCAGUGAGCCCCCACUCACGGGGCUCAUCCA